GAGACACACACAGAAGAGCAGAGGAGACAAGAGUGGGGAAGAGAGGGACAGGAAGAGAGAAACUGAGAGAGCAAGGAACCAGGGGGCUAGUGAUCUGCACACAGGGCAGGGGGUGCUUGCCAGUCCCCGGAGACCACCUCCCGCCCCAGAAAUCAAGACAUCUGCGACCUUAUGCAGGCAGCCUGGCUUUUCGGGGCCUUGGUGAUCCCCCAGCUCUUGGGCUUUGGCCAUGGGGCUCGGGGAGCCGAGCGGGAGUGGGAGGGAGGCUGGGGAGGCGCCCAGGAGGAGGAGCGGGAGAGGGAGGCCCUGAUGUUGAAGGUGAGCUGUGGAGUGGGAACUCUAAGGGCGAACCCGGAGUUUGGGAGGGGGUGUUUCAGGAUCAGGGAAACGGGCAAGGGGGAACGAUGGGGACAGGUUCAGAGGACGGGGGUGAUGGGUUCAGAGAGAGGACUCAGGCGGCAAAGAGUGAGUUUAGAGUUGGAGGGGGGAGCGCGGGGCGUCUCGGGAGGCAAGCUGGGGCAGACCACCCCUCCCCGACCCCAGUAUUUGCAGGAAGCCCUGGGGCUGCAGGCUGGGAGGGGGGAUGAGAAUCCAGAGAAUCCUGUCGGGACCGAGGAAGGCAAAGGGACCUGGGAGACUGAAGAGGACCAGGAGGAGGAAGAGGAGGAGGAAGCAACGGCAACCCCCUCCUCCAGCCCCAGCCCUUCUCCCACCCCUGAGGACACCGUCACUUAUAUCCUGGGCCGCCUGGCCGGCCUGGACGCAGGCCUGCACCAGCUGCACGUCCGUCUGCACGCGCUGGACACUCGCGUCGUCGAGCUGACCCGGGGGCUGCGGCAGCUGCGGGAGGCGGCGGGCGACACCCGCGACGCUGUGCAAGCCCUGCAGGAGGCGCAGCGCCGCGCCGAGCGCGAGCACGGCCGCUUGGAGGGCUGCCUCAAGGGGCUGCGGCUUGGCCACAAAUGUUUCCUGCUCUCGCGCGACUUCGAGGCUCAGGCGGCGGCGCAGGCGCGGUGCGUGGCGCGGGGCGGGAGUCUGGCGCAGCCGGCCGACCGCCAACAGAUGGAAGCGCUCACUCGCUACCUGCGCGGGGCGCUCGCUCCCUACAACUGGCCGGUUUGGCUGGGCGUGCACGACCGGCGUGCCGAGGGCCUCUACCUCUUCGAAAACGGCCAGCGCGUGUCCUUCUUUGCCUGGCACCGCGCGCCCCGCCCCGAGCCGGGCGCCCGGCCCAGCGCUGCGCCGCACCCGCUCAGCCCCGACCAGCCCAACGGCGGCGCGCUGGAGAACUGCGUGGCGCAGGCUUCUGAUGACGGGUCCUGGUGGGAUCACGACUGCGAGAGGCGCCUCUACUACGUCUGCGAGUACCCCUUCUAGCCGGGCCGGUUCCCUGGCUCUCCCACCACGGCCGGCCUUUGACUGCGCCGUGCACCCUCCACCCUCCGAGAACGCCCUUCCUUCCCUGUCCCCGGGCUGGGUGCUCCUGGGAGGCUCCUGCGGGGCCGGGACCCCUCCGCGGCCUUUGCCUGAAGCGGCGGGCACGAGGCUAGGUCCGCCCGGUGCCAAUAAAGCCUUGUGGAAUCAGA